AUGCGAAACAUUAACAUUUCGAUAGGGUAACAGGGCGACACUGGCAUAAAACUAUUCUGUUUGAUAGCGGAUAUACAUAUUUUCAAAUCACUAAAAUAAAAAAAAUACAAAUGAUACUUCAAGAAAAUAUAUAUACAUGCAACUGAUUUAAGCUUUUAAGUUCGUGAGGAUUAACACAAGAAGCAUAUACAGAGAGAAAUGGAACUUGAAUAGGUAUCUUCUAUAUUUCGAAUUUCGAUACUAGCAAGUGCGCAUAAUUAUUUAAUUUCGUGUCCUUGCAACUGCAAGUAAUAUACGGACAAUUAACUGAUACCGCCUCCUCCUAACUGCAAUUAUGGAUAGUUGAUCAAAUUACAAUCAACUGCGACUUCUCUUCAUUUUCGGACACCCUGUGGUCAAAUUAACAUGUGGCAGUUCACAUUUGUAGCUGGAAAAUACUGACCGUUUUUGUGAAGAGGAAAUAUUAUAUAGACAAUCAUAUUGAUUAGAGGAAUUGGACUAUGCAGCCACCAGACGUAAGAAUUGACUGUUAAUUGGAUACCGCUAAUGUUAUUAUAGUGUCAAAAGACAUUAAAUGAAAUUACGGUUAGGUCAGUGAGGUGACAAAUUGACCAAUAUAAACAAAUUACUGUAAUUGUAUACAAAACGUCAAUAUUUCUAUACAGAAUGUUUAUGUGUUAAUAUAUAAUUACACGGGAGAUUUAAAGUCCAAAAAUACUCGACAUGCGACACGCCCAAUGAUCCGUAGAAGAUUACGCCACAUGACUGCAGUACACCUUUAUGAUUGGUCAUUUAUUGAUUUAGGAAUUUCACCGUGAGCUAAAUUUGUCGUCUAUACAGUUGUGUGGGAUUUACCUGUGUGUUUUUGUUUACCUGUAAAAAGUAAAAAUGGCGACACAUCAAAAUUAACCUUCAGAUUUAUGAAUUAUGCUCAAAACAUGGAUUAUGUAUGAAUGUGAAAAAUAAUGGAAUAACUUUUAAUGGAUUUUCGUUUAUGAAAGGUAUAGUAAACAAUACACCUGUUCGACAUAACCGGUAACUUCAGGUAGCCGUUAUCAUCUAUGGAAGGCUCUGGAUCGCUUCCUGACGGGGCAUUUGAAAGAUUUGUUACCUCAGCCCUCGCAGCUAUAAUAACUAUCGUGUUUUCCUGGCGACUUCUAGCAGAAGGUCAGGAACUAACUGACGGAGACACCCGCCCAAGAUUCCCCAGAGCUAUAGAAGGGGUACGACCGCCCAAUAUUGACGAUAAAGAAAAACAAGAAACUGCCGAAAUACCCAUUGAUGAAAAUAUAACUUCAGUACAAAACAGCGAAUUGAACUGUUCUCAAAAAUAUGCUUCUCUAGAUAGUGAACCAAAGAAAGAUGACGACGAAACUCCCACAUGGGGAGACUAUAGCUGGGAGGAGGAUAUGUAUGAUACAGUCCACACCCGACGGAAUGUUAAAGAUUUUACAUUAAAAAGAACUUCAGACUCUUCGUCAUCUGACGAAAUGGAUCCCGAUAUUCAGUUAAGUCCGAUACCCGCAUCCCACGAAAUGUUAGAAAAAUUGUAUAUGAAUCAAGAAUACCAAAGUAUAGUCGAUGACGGACAAACCGAAAGUAGUAGUAGUUCCGACGAAGAUGAAAUGAUUGAAGGGAUUUACGAGCCACCUAAUAUAGAAGAGGAUAUGUUUUAUUCCGGUGGGGGUUUAGAACCUAUUAUGGAAGAGGAUUCGGACGAUUUUAGUGACGACGAAAACGAUGAUAUUGUUGAAAAUGUAAACAUAACAUUUAAAGUUCCUACCGACAAUGAGCCCGAAGGAACAAGUCAAGAUCUUGUCAAACAUCAAAGUGAUAAAAAUCUAACUUGUACUAGUGACAUAUUGUGUCAAGCUGAUUUAACAGACGAUCAUCAAACUUUACUAGAUAAUUACAUAGAUGAAUGUUUCGAUCAGUGUGACGAGGAAAACGUCGACGGUUAUGAUUCGGAUAAAAGUUCCGACAGUACUGACAGUUUGCCACCAUCGCCGAUAAUUCGAACUCGUGCAAUUGAUGAGGAAUAUGCAAAUUUAUCCGAUGAAUCUUGUAGUAGUGGGUCUGUUAUUACGGUUGUAAGCGUAAAAUCUUAUUCGAGAGACACCCCUGAAAUUCAAGUGGUCGAGGAAUCAAACAAGCCGACGUCUUUCAUUUAUACCGACAACGAAUCGAAUAUAUCCGACAAUCUAAAUGGAAAAGAUAUUAUUGCUUUUAUUCACGGAAGUGAUGAAAAACCAACAAACAAUUACGAUCUUAACAAAACGCCGGAAAAUGAUGUAUUGGAAAAAGAAAUUGAAAAUUCGAAAACGCCAACAAAUUUAAAUUACGAGGAUUUUAUAAAAGACAUAAAAGCAGUGAGCGAAACUAACAUUGAAAACGAUCAUGAGACACAUUCGGAUGAGGGAAAUAAUGAAACAGACGCAAUCAUUUCAGAACAAAUACCAAAUCAUGUUGUUGAAGAAUUAAUUUGUCAAACUACAUUUGCAAAUCAAAAAACAGAACUGCACAUUUCUGAUAACAGUCAGUUUGAUGAAGUACCAGACAAACAAUUCGAAGAUAGAUUCGGUGAUGACGUCGGACCCCGUGAAUACAAUCCAUACGAAGAUGAUUUCGCCGAAUUUGACUACUGUGAUUCUGAUGACGAUUCAUUUUAUCUUGUUGUUGGUGAAUCAAACAAUUUGCCUGAUUUCGCGACAUUCAACAAAGCAGAUAACGGUAACUUGCGUAAUUUCGAUACUUUUGAAAAUCUUGACUCUAUUGGAUUAGCUUCUCCUUCACUUCAAAGUCCCUGUGAAUCUGGCUUAUCAGAUGACGGAAGAUUCAUAUUUACACGUACAGAAGAAAUAGGCACCGAAUUCAGAUCGCGAGUAUUCGUGAAAGAAAGAGAACCUGGGCCGAUUACUAGUAACAUUACGUCACAUGAUGUAGAGGCGAAUAUUAAAGAAGUGCAAGUUGUAGAUUCUGAAGUUGAAAACAAAAACUCUUAUAACGAAAGCAAAUUACGAAUUCACGAAGACUUUACUGACGGAGAUCCUAUAAUUUCAGAUUUAGAGAAUAUUGAACUCUUCAUAGACGAGAAUGAUUUUAAGGAAAAUUGCAGCUUAGAUCAAAAUGAACAGAAACUUAUUGAUUCUAAAGAGGAUUUACAAACAAAUGAAACUGUACCUUCUGAUUCAAGUUCUGACAUUAAUAAUUCACCGCCUCAUUUACUGAAUGAAGCCUGUGGAAUCGAUUUAUCAAUAAAUUUGGGUCUCAAAUCAAAUAACGUUUCAUUACAGAACGAGGAAAAAGAUAUAAACGGAAAUAGUAGAACGGAAAGUGAACAAAAGAUAACCAAGGUUAACAAAAACGAAAUCUCUGAGUUAAUGGCUGUAAGUCAGUGUACAGUAACUAACACUACACCAGAACUAAACGUCAUAGUUAAUGGUUUAGCAAUUAAUAAAUUAGAAAAUGACAAAUUGCAAGAAAAAGAGGAAUUUGAAAAAUCGUUAGAGCCUUGUAUAGAUAUUUUAUCCAGAGCACACGAUUCAGGGAUUGAUUUAGACUCGGAACAAAGUAAAUCUAACAGCACAGAAGAUUGUAACAAAAGUCCUCAACAAAAUAGCAAACUUCAAAUUUUUGACCUUUUACAUUCAGUUAAAGGACAAAUUGAUAGAUCAUCGGCUGCUAAACCGUCAUUUUUCAAAGGAGGAACCAAAGCUAGAAUUCAACAACAAAAGCAACGUAGCAAAUCGUAUGUGUCUGUUUUACAGCAACCAAUGUCUCCAGAAGAUACCCGAAGCGUAGCGGUUGUGCUUCCGGAAAAAGCGUUAAAAUUGCCGAGGUCAAGACAGCAAAUUAUUGCUUCUAGGCAGAAAUUUCUAAGUGAACAGAAUCUGUUUUCCGAUAAAAUGCAAGAACAAUUUCAGCAACAUAAAACUUCAUUUGAGGAAGUUGCACAACGGAAACCGCGAUACGUAAGAAGGGGAAAUAGCCUGCCAAGGUCUUCAAGAACUCAUAAAAGCUAUGACAAACUAGACUUUAACUCAUUAAAUUCUUCUAGGAGUUCUGUAGAAAAACCGGAUAUUUGUGCGUUACAUGAAAAUUGCAUGUUCACUCCCCAAAAACAUCAAGAAAUUAUGGAUCGAACACUCUCUAUUGAUAAUUUAGAAACAAGUUUAAUGCGCUAUGGAUCUGUUACUUCUCUCGUUGAAACUGAUAUUGAUUCAGGUGAAACAACUGAAUAUCAAAUUUUUACUGAUUUUGAAAAUGAUUUUGAAUUUCAGUUCCCAUUGCAGAGAACAGCAAGCAUGAGUGAGAUAGGAUCAUUAUCAAAGGCAAAGACCAAGAAAGAAAUUAAAAGUCGUUUUAGUGAUCGUAAUGUUCCGAAAUCAAAAAGUUUAUGUACUUUAGAAACUAAUAUUGACGAUGAUAACGAUGAAGCCCCGCGUCCGGGAACACUUGGACGCGUUCCGUCAGUACACGAAUUACGAGUAACAAAAUCUUUGCAGAAGCUUAAUAUACCCGAUUGGUAUAAAAAGUCAAGCGUCUCAAGAAGCGGAAGUACAUGGAGUUUGUAUAGUUCACCGCGCAAAGAUUCGAUUUCGUCAUCAUCAUAUGCAUACCCGCCUAGUAUUACCUCUUCACCCUGCCCGUCAGUAAGCUUUGUUUCAAAUUCUGUCGUGAUCAGAACUCGCGUUACGCCUUCAAGCGCUAAAUUAUUUCGAGCGCCAAAAUUACAAACCACUCCAGAAAAAUCGCCAACACCGAUAAGUGUUCAACUGCCAAGUGAUAAACUGAGACAAAAAGACAAGGCUAAGGAACUCAUGCCAAUACCGAUUGUGCCUUUUUCUAAACUGCGUCUUAUGUUUGAGGAAAGUUCACGAAAAAGAUUGCCCACAGCGCUAGCAAGUUCGCCAACUAGUCCGUCGUCUCCAACAUCCAUUACUGCAAAAAGUAUCGAGUCUGCGACAACUCCUAUAUCUCCGACAACUCCUAUAUCUCCUACAUCUGUCACUCCGAUAACUUCGCAAAUAAAAUCUACAGCAGCGCCGGAAACAUCAGCUACGAAACCAAUUAUUCCCGCGAAACCAAUACUGAAGAAGACGACAGAAAAUAAAAAUGUCGGACGUGUCGAACCCGAACUACGCCAAACAGCACCAGUAAGUGUUCAGUCGAUGUCGACGUCACCUCGCAGUGGACGACGCGUGCAGACAACUUUCAAUGGAACUGUCGGACAAGCUGAGGUACGUAAACCGAAAGAAACGACUUUUGAAGGUGACAAACCAGUCCAAGUCGUAAGACCGGAAAUACAAGAUCAAAAAGUAACCCCUCAAAUAUCAAAUACGGCAGAAAAUCAAACUGAGCAUAAUUCAAAAUCUGGCAGGUAUAGUAGUCUGUCGAAGAGCCUAAAAUCAGCAUUUCGACGACCUCAGAAACCCUCAACUGUAGAGUCUGGUGGAAGCAAAGUCGAAACCACAGUAUAGCAGGAGUUUUGAUGAUGCUGUAAGUGAAAUAGUGAAAGAAUGUCCCAUUUACACCGUUAGUUCUCAACAUUCCGAUAUGGUAGGAAACCUGCUUACAGUGGACACGCCCAAUACACAUUGUCAUAAAACAUUUACUGGAAUACACAAUGAAAGAGAAAGUUUACAUAAGAAAUGUAAAUCCUUAGAGGAUGUAAUAGAUGGAUUAUUAGCCAUAGAGAAGAGGUCUAGCUCCUCGGGCGAUAUAUUAUCGAGACGGAAUAGUGUUCCGUAUUCACGAGAACUGGACUAUGAUAUAGAAAUAUACAAGAAACAUAAUACAUUUAACUCUCAUCACGAAAUUAAACGAUUGGUCAUUUAUAAUGAUAAUUUAAACACUGCCGGACAAACAGUAUUUUGUGAAAACUGCCGGGAAGCUACUUAUCUUCAAAAUGCUAAGGACUAUUUCAUAACUUGUCAUUUUUGUUCAUCAUACUACUGUAGCCGUUUUUGUCGAGCGGAGGACUGGCAUAUUCACAAGAUUUCAUGUAUAUACGGAAGGAUAUCAGAUUUGUGUAAGCGAGUGAUUAAAUAUUGUAACAAAAAUCCAGAUAUGCAGUUUCACCUCUCUCAAAUAGCGCGAAUAGGAUUUUCAGAAAAUGGAAAAGGUUGUGUAAAAUUGACGUUCCGUGAAAGUUGGUCAGCUGAAAGUUUUUGUAGUUUUGGACAUCCAAACAUACAAGACCAACCGACUUAUGUCACUCAAAAGUGUUUUAGAGACGAUGAACAUAUUAGUCAGUCUUUCGCAGAAAUGAAUACAGCCGUGGAAAACUAUAACCCUAAUCUAAAGUAUAUCUUACUUGUUUCAGUUUCUAAUCCUACACAAAGUUCGUUUAAUAAAAGGGGAAAUUAUUCCUCCUUUCAAAGAUGUGCCAAAUUGAGACUUUGUGGACCAACUUAUUUUUAUCCCAAGCUGGGAACGGAUAUGCAUUCUGUUUUAAUCUUACAUUUUGUAACGGAAGUCAAUGCAUAUUCAUCUGAAAGUCAAAUGGAUGAUAGACAUGCACGUGAGACAUGCUUCAUAAACAUUCAAAGAAUAUUGCGCGAGAGAGGGGUCAUUUUACGUCAUGGUUAUCCAAAAAUUUAUAGAAAACUGAUUGAUUUUGUUGCAGACGGCAAACAUUUUUCUCCUAUAACAUUUUAUCCUUUUGAUACAAAGAAGAAAAAACAUUAUUUAUGUAUUAUAAUACCGGAAACAGAUCCUGAAAUAGAGUGGGUUCCUGAUCAAUAUUUAUGCAGUGAAAAUGGUGUGAUGGAAAUGUUAUACGAAGAUUUUAUUUAUAAUAGACAUGAUACUUAGAAAGUUAUAUUCAUUCAACUGUUACCUCCUUGUUGAGUAUACUUAUUAUAGUGCCAAUAUACAUUUUGUAAAAGGUGCAAUUUUUUCCACAAUACAGAACUGUAUGUUUAAUUUUAUUUGUCUUCUUGAAUAUUAGGGAUGAAAUUUUAACUUUAUUUUUAACGUAUUUUCCUAAAUUGACACAAAUAUAUACAUAGACUCCUAAAUAUUAAAAUGUGUCCAGUAACAGUUUUGAUUGUUAACAUUUUUAAUAUGAACAAAAUCCUUAAAAAUAAAAACAUUUUUUUUAAUCCAGAUUAUUAAAUAAUAAUAAAUUCUCAAGGAAAGGGAGAAUCCACAGUUAGGUAGAGUAAUCCCCCUCACCCCGAAAAAUGACAGAGAGAAUUUGCGACCAAUAUUAUAAAAAUAUAAGAUAAAAUAUUACCAGCAUCAUAAUCUCUUAUAUAUAUAUUUUAUUUGGAUCAUCAUCUCAUAUAAACUCAUGUUUGAAAAUAAAUGAGUCAAAUUUUCUUCUCAGCCAUUUUGUGCUGCAGUGUCGUCCAUUUUUCUUCUCAGCCAUUUUGUGCUGCAGUGUCGUCCAUUUUACAGCUUUUCUUGUUGUCUUCCCUUAAGUGCAAUCAAGAUGCCACCUUAUAAAGCAUUAGGAUUUUAUGAAAUUUACAUUGAACUUAGUCUGUUCUUGUACAUUGUUAAUUAUUUGAUAAAAACGUGAAAAAGAAUUUGUUUUUAAAUUGUGGAAACUAAUUAUUUUUCUACAUAUAACAUGUUUAGUUGGUAUAAACGUUGGUUAAUUUAUACAUGUAUUUCAAAUAUUACUUCCAUGGUUAUACGACGAUUCUCCUUUACAUGACCAUAAUUUUGUUAAAGAGGACAAAUUAUUACAUUUAUGAUAUGGACAUGGUCCUUGUAUACUUUAACCAUGUUAUCUAUUACAAACCAUAACAUUGUAAGUUGUAACAUAUGCUUUUGAUAUAGAUUUUAAACUUUGGCAAGGGCGUACGUAUAUCUGGGAUAACUUAUUGUGUUCAAUAAGAAUGUCUUGUUUAUUAAUAAUGUUUCAAGAAUCAAUAAGGCCCUUCAUCGAGUUUUUAAUACCAUAUCAUUUUUAAGGCUUAAUAUUGCUUCAACUUUAUUACUUAUUUUCCAAAAUAUUGUUCGUAACAGGGAUUUUAUAACAAAGCUUCAAAUUAAGAUGUUUAUUACCACGAAAAACCACACGAAGGAGUAUUUAAUAGACUUUAUAUAUAUUUUUAGUCUGUGUUCUCACAGCAAGAGUUGCUUGUUUGUUAUUACUAGAGCGGGGCCUUAUCAUAAGUGAAAUGUACUUUGUUAUAAAUACAAGGGACAAGAUAUAUAAAUAUAAAUAAGUAAAACUGGAGGGGGCAACUAGUUAAUCAAAAUCAAUUAUUCUCUUAUUCUGUAUAAUUAUUUCUGUCAAAAAUAUAUUUAUAGAAUCUGUCUGAUUUAAUCUGACAAUUGUUUUUUGCUUCUGUUUGAAUAAAUCUGAUAUAUAAUGUAUAUACUGAAUAUGAUAAAAAAAAAAUCGGAUAAUUAAUGCUGCACAGUGUUCAAUUUUUUUAAAUUUCAGGUAAAACUUGUUUGUGUUUUGUACUUUUUUCAAAUAUAUUGUGCUUGUGUUGUUAAAAAAUCUCUUUCAAAGAGACACCUACGUUAGUAUUAUUACCCCUUAAAUAUGCAAGGUCAGCAUUUUGCUCAGUUGUGAAAGAAAAUAGGCUAAAUGGUAUAUUUGUAUCAUGUAUGUAUAUAUUUCAAGUAAACAAUAUUUAUUUUCUGUAAAUGAAUACAUUUUAUAUGUUCCAUUGUUUAAA